AUGCUUAGUUUGGAGAGGCUUAUACAGGCGUACACAAAUGAAAAGGCAACAGAAAAGCUCCUUCCCUAUGAUAGAAUAGCCGAUGAGUUUAACUUUAUUAUAAAGAGCCAUGGGAAUAGAAAUGAUUCUGGCACCAGUCUGUCCAACACGUUUGAAGAGAUAGAACAGGAAAGAAUUAAGUACUUUGUAAAAGAAUAUAUUUUGACAAGGCUAGAUAAAAUACGGGCGAAUUUCUUCAUAAUCCAAGAACUGAUGAGCAAGGAAGAACGGAUAUUUGCAGAAAAAUACAAAGAAAUGAUGAUUAUAGCAUCUGUUUACGUCGAUAAACCUUCCAAAGUGUUUGAGGUUGUUGGAUUUAUUGCUCAAAGAAACUUGGAGGCAGUUAGAAUAGAUGGACAUGUUGUUGAAAUUCUUUUAGGCGACUUUUUUGUUGCUAGCUAUGAUGACAUUGCCAGUUAUAUUAAGGAUGGGUCCGUCGCUCUUGUUUGA